AUGGGUCCUAAGCGAGUUCUAAUCACCUAUGGAGUUGAUGUCGAUGCUGUUGCUGGAUGGAUUGGCUCGUACGGUGGUGAAGAUUCACCUAACGACAUUAGUCGAGGAAUUUGGGCCGGUACUGUUGGAACUAGACGUCUGCUGAAGCUUUUUAACAAGUACGACAUCAAGACAACAUGGUUCAUCCCUGGCCAUUCAUUGGAAACCUUUCCAGAGGAUAUGGCAGCUGUCCGAGAUGCAGGCCACGAGAUCGGAUUACACGGGUAUUCGCACGAAAACCCAACCGACAUGAGCCUCCAGCAACAGCGUGACGUGCUUGAUAAAACAUACCGUAUGCUCACCGAAUUCGCGGGAAAGCCCCCACGAGGAAGCGUAGCGCCAUGGUGGGAAACAAGCAGGGAGGGCGCCCAGCUUCUUCUCGACUAUGGCAUCGAAUAUGACCACAGCAUGAGUCACGAAGAUUGUCAGGCGUACUAUCUGCGGACGGGCGAUAGCUGGACCAAUAUCGACUACAAGCAGAAGGCCGAGACCUGGAUGAAGCCCCUGGAGCAUGGUCCCCAGACAGGCCUAGUGGAAAUUCCUUCCAAUUGGUAUAUUGAUGAUCUGCCUCCGAUGAUGUUUAUCAAAUCAGCACCGAACAGUCACGGUUUUGUCAACCCGAGGGACGUGGAAGAUAUUUGGAGGGACCAUUUUGACUAUUUCUAUCGCGAGUAUGAUGAGUUUAUUUUCCCGAUCUCGAUUCAUCCAGAUGUUUCUGGGCGGCCACAUGUGCUUCUGAUGCAUGAGAGGCUCAUUGAGCAUUUUAAGAAGCAUGAAGGUGUAGAGUUUGUCACGAUGGAGCAAGUAUGCGACGAGUUCAAGAAGAAGAACCCAAUGCCUCCAGGGGCUUUAAUGCCAGCUCAAGUGGGCGCAAUUCUGAAGUCAUCUCUUUCAUAG